GUCUCUUUUUUCACUCUGAAAUUUAUAACCAUAGUAUAAAAACUGAGUCUCUUUUGAAGUCUCGACCAAUUCCUAUGUCUGUCACAUUGUCUUAAACAAACAAACACUCAACACAAUACUCCCUAUCUUUUUCUGUUCUUUAAUUCUAUUUAUGUCAAAACCCACAAUAUGUAUUUCCUUUUUUAAUUUUCUCUAACAAUAUGUACUUUGCAUGCUUUGAAGCAUUUCAAGAAAGCCACUCACACCAAAAACACACACCAAUGACACCAAGUAACUAAAGCAUCUUUUACAUAUAUAUAAGUUGCAUGUUUUUGUGUCUUAAAUACUUGUGUAUGAUCUUUGUUUGUGUUUUUUGUUUUAUAAUGAAAUGGGGUUUGUGUUAUGUUUGAAUUAAGUGGGAUUUGUGGGUUUUGAUUCAAUUUGAGUGAUGGGUCCAGUUAAAGGGCAAAAAAAGAAAAGAAAAGUAGAGAAGAAAGUUGCAAAAGAUGAUUUAGCUUCUGGGUCUUCACAGAAUGGCUCUGCUGCUGAUUGGUUUGAGAUUUUAUCCAAAAGAAUUGCUGGGAAUGUAUCUCCAUCAAAGGGUUUGGAUAAGUUCCAAUCUGUUUUCAAGAUGUCUAGAAGCACUUUCGACUACAUAUGUUCCCUUGCAAAGGAGCACAUGCAGCCAAAGUCGGCUCACUUUGUAUUCUCAAAUGGCAAGCCCAUGUCUUUGCAUGAGCAAGUAGCGCUAGCUCUAAGGAGGCUGAGCUCGGGUAAUUCUCUAAUUUCUGUGGGUGACUCGUUUGGCGCACACCACUCAACUGUGUCUCAAGUAACUUGGCGCUUUAUAGAGGCUAUUGAGGAGAAGGGGCUUCACCACCUACGGUGGCCUUCCACCGAGCAGGAUAUGACACAGAUAAAGUCCAAGUUUGAAAGAAUCCAAGGACUUCCAAACUGUUGUGGUGCAAUCGAUACUACACACAUCACAUUGAUGUUAUCCUCGUCCGAGCAGACAGCUGACGUAUGGCUAGAUCAAAACAAAAGCCACAGCAUGAUCCUACAAGCAGUUGUUGAUCCCGAUAUGAGGUUCCGUGAUGUUGUCACGGGAUUGCCAGGAAAGAUGAAAGAGAAUUCAGUACUUCAGAGCUCAACCUUUUUUAAACUCUGCGAGAAAGGAGAUAGAUUGAACGGGAACAAGAUAAAGCUAUCUGAAGAAGCAGAAGUACGCGAAUAUAUUAUUGGUGAUUCUGGUUUUCCCUUGCUACCUUGGCUUUUAACUCCUUAUCAAGGGAAGGAACUUUCAGAAUCUAAAGCUGAGUUCAAUAAGAAGCAUUUUGCCACCCGUAUCGUGGCACAAAGGGCAUUGGCAAGGCUAAAGGAAGUCUGGAAAAUGAUUCAUGGAUUAAUGUGGAGGCCGGACAAGCACAAGCUACCGAGAUUUAUCCUUGUUUGCUGCAUUCUCCACAACAUUGUCAUCGACAUGGAAGAUGAGGUUCUGGACGAAUUUUCUCUAUCUCAUCACCACGAUACAGGAUACGGGCAAGAGGUUUGUGAAUCUGUCGACAAGACUGCUUCAGUUUUAAGGGACAAUCUGUCCCUGUACUUAUCUGGGAGGUGACAUUCUUAAAUAAUGUCACUGUUUCUUAGUGAAGGAAUAGCAUAAGCUAUCAAUUUGAUGGCAGAUACAGAAUAUUUUCAAAAGGAUAUGUAGGCACUAAUAUUUGAUUUUUAAUUUUUAUUUUUAUAAGUUUAUUUAGGUGGUUCCUGUUUCAGAGUGGAUACUGAGAUAUAUUACUUGUAGGAAAAUAAGUCAUUAUUGGGCUCUUUUCCUUAUUUAAUCAUACAUUAUUUUC